CAUCAGUCUCAUCAUCGCAACAUUCACAGCAACAUAAGAUCAUCAGCAUAACAGCUGAAAACCGAGCCAUCAUGAAAGUCGUGAUUAUAUUAGCGUGCUGGACAGCGCUGGCCGCCGCCCAAAUCUUAAGGCCAAUUGUCGCCGAUUUAGAUGUGGCCGCAGAUCAUCAUGAGAGCCACGGCGGAGGCCAUGGAGGUCACCAUGGCGGAAGCAGUCACCACGGCGGAGGUAGUAACCACGGCGGAGGCGGACAUUACGGAGGCGGGGAAUAUGGACGCAAACGCCGCUCUAUUGAAGAAAUCCAAGCAGCAAUCGCCGUUGCGGAAUCCGUCGUCGAUGCCUCUGCUGAUUUAGACGUGGCCGCAGAUCAUCAUGGGACAAACGGCGGAGGCCAUGGAGGUCAUCAUGGCGGAAGCAGUCACCACAGCGGAGGCGGUCACCACGGCGGAAGCAGUCACCACGGCGGAGGUGGUCAUAACGGAGGCGGACAUUACGGUGGCGGUGAUUGGGGACGCAAGCGCCGCUCUAUUGAAGAAAUCCAACGUAUACGAUCCUAAUUUUGGGGGAACUUUGCCUUGAUCAUUUUUGGAUUCUUAAUGUUCGAUAACGUUUGUUGUCACAUCUUAAAACCCAUAACAUCUACCCAAAUUCUGUUGUUGGUAUACAGGGAUAUACCUAUUCCUAUAAGACCUUUAUGAUCGGUUUAUGACGUGUUGCAUUCCUAUGAUAUGCGCUUCUUAUUGACUCAAUACAAUUUGGCGAAACUCUCAAAAA